AUGAAUGAUAAUGUAAAAAAGGGUUGUCAACACGAGGACUUCCCAAGCGGUCCCCCACNUCUUGCCUAAUCUAUCUUUGAAUGGAGAAAGGAUAUAGAUUUUAUAGAAAAUACAAUUUUAGGUAGUAUCAACCAACUAUUAGGAUCAAUCAAUCAUUGCAUAAAUACUCUGUAACUAAAAUAGAAUAGUUUAAAACUACAAAAUAUCCCAUAACAAUAAAAACCUUUUAAAUAUGAAUUGAUUCAUUCGAUAAAUGAUGACGAUAUAUAUGCUUUUGCUUUCGAUAAUACCUCUUCAUUAAUGGUUGCUGGAUAUAGUUCAUAAAAAAUAAAGGUAUUCGAAUUCAGAGAGGAAAAAUUGAAUUGUCUUCAAGAAUUACAUAAUCAUAACUCCUUCGUUUAUUGUUUAUCUUUUAUGAAAAGAUCUUAAAGUUUUCUUUCGGGAGGAGGGGAUAAAUAAAUUUAUUUAUGGACUUUAAAUGAAAAUAACAACUGGAUUUGCAAAUAGAAAUUAUAGGGACACAAUGAUAAUAUCAAUUGUCUCAUAAUUAGUGAAAAUGAGGAGCUUAUUAUUUCUGGAAGCAGUGACUAAACCAUCAGAUUUUGGGAGAAGGAUGCAUAAUCAUCAUGGAAGUGCUUAUAAAUAUUACCUGUUCAUAAAAAUCCUGUUCAUUGCAUUAGUUUAAAUGAUUCAUAAAAAUAAUUAAUAUCAUGCGCUUAAGGAGAGAACGUAAUCAUCAUCAGUUAAUAAUUCCUUCAUAGUUAAAAUUGGGAAGUAAUAUAGAGCAUAUAAGUUGAUUUGUGGGGAUAUAGAUUAUGCUUUAUAAAUAAUUAUAUGUUUACAUUUUAGCCGAAAUCCAAAGAACAGAUGUAUAUCUAUGAAAUUGAUGAAAGCAACUUGUAAUUUAAAAAAACAAAACAAGUAUCAGUAAAAGGAGGACAUUGUUCAAUGUACUUUCCUCAAUAAUAUAUAAAAUCUAAAUCUAUUUUGCUCAAUAAAAAUGGAUAGCAUGUAAAUAUCAUGAGAAAAAUGGAGAACCAAGAAUUCGUGACUGAAUAAUCAAUUUAAUUUGGAACUGAAUACAUUUAUGGAAUGAUGUUUUAGGAUGGAGAUUACUUAAUUACUUAUGAUGAUAGUACAAGAUAAAUCUAAGUAAGAAAGCAUUAAAAUGAUUGA